AUGAGUUACAAACCCAUUGCUCCAGCGCCGUCAGGCUCUAACCACACGCCACCUGGCUCCUCUGUGCCCUCUCCCUCUCUCCCGUCAUCAUCCAAUUUUCGGCCCGCUUUCAGUGACUUUGGCCCACCCUCCAUGGGCUUUGUUCAGCCCGUCAAAGUCACUCAAGGAUCUACCUACAGUGAACUUCUGUCGGUCAUUGAGGAAAUGAGCCGUGAAAUCCGGCCCACAUACGCUGGAAGCAAAAGUGCUAUGGAGAGGCUAAAGAGAGGUAUCAUCCAUGCACGUGCACUUGUCAGGGAAUGUCUAGCAGAGACAGAAAGAAGCGCCCGUACAUAA